CUUGGACCGUGACUGCCUCCAGCAGCACCGCGCGAUCAUAGCCUUUGCGUAACCUCCUCACAACGUCCUCAGCGCGCGUAAAUCUCGACACCGUCAAUCUCUGGUACCAUGGCGGCAGUACCGGUGCUUUGUCCUCAUCCUUGGCAAGGAUUGCACGAGCAAGCAUCAAGAUGGACCGUGCGUCGUACAAGGAAAUCACCACCAGGCGCAGCGUUAAGUACAGCUACUACUCCUCAUCCGGCGACGCGUCCAAGCCGACCCUUCUGUUCGUGCAUGGCUUCCCGUCGACGUCGUAUGACUGGAGCAACCAAGUCGCGUUCUUCAAGGCGGAGGGCCACGCAAUCAUUGCGCCUGACAUGCUGGGCUACGGUGGCACGGACAAGCCAGCAGAUACAGCCCUGUACAAGCACAGCGCCGUGUGCGCAGAUGUGAUUGACAUCCUGGACGCGGAGAACGUGAGCAAGGCGAUUGUGAUAGGACAUGACUGGGGUGCACCUCUCGUAGCUCAUCUGGCUGUACACUACCGAGAGCGCUUCCUCGCAUUCGCAUUCCUCGCGGUCGGCUACACACCGUCGUUCGCGAACUUCAACUACGAGACCGCCAUGGCCACGGUCAAGCAAUCCAUCGGCUACGAGCCUAAGGGCUAUUGGCGGUUCUUUGUCGAAGAUGGCACUGACCAAGUCAUGAAGGACCACCUGGAGUCGACAAUCGGGCUCAUACACCCUGCAGACCCUUCGACUUGGAAGGAAGAUCUCUGCGUACCUGGGGCGGCGAAAGCGGCACUGCUUGCAGAUAAGAAGAUGCCGAUAGCCACCUACGUGACUCCGGAGGUGAAGCAGCAUCUGACAGACAUGAUCGUCAAUGUUGGGCUCGGCGGCGCGCUGAAUUGGUACAAGCUGAUCCUCAGCGGUCUCGCCGCAGAGGACGACAAGGGCAUCCCCCAGGAACGACUCACCCUUCCGCUCCCAGUGUUCUACGCUGGUGCGAAGCAGGACCCUGUGAAUCCGCCUGCGCUUGCGCUACCGACGUUUACACAGCUGUGUUCAGAUCUCACGGUGAAGGAGAUAGAUGCGGGCCAUUGGCUCCAGCUAGAGGCCCCAGACGAGAUCAACGAGGCGUUGAAGGAGUGGAUCGAGACUGUCGAGAAGAAGGCGAAGCUGUAGGUUUUGGAAGGGGAGCGGCAAUAUUUGGGUGACAUCUAGGUGCAUGUACGAUAUCGGGUGUCAGCGCAAGGAUACCAGGUAAUUAUGUACUCGACUUG